AUGAUUGGAAUAGAUUCUAAAUCUUCAUUAAAACAUAUUGCAAUAACUUCAAUGAGAAUUUGUACUGAACCAAAUUUCAAACUUGAAAUUCGUAUUGGACUUGGUGGAACAAAAGAUGUACUUACUUUGUGUACGCCAUCUUAUGCUGUUGCAGGUGUUGAUCUAUUAAAUCGUCUAAUACAACUGCAAGAAAAAUUUAAACAAUCUCAAACCAUUCCAGGAAAUAUUCCAACAAAAAUAUUAAACAAUUCUCCUGUCUUAACAUUUUUCAGUGCCUGGACAGCUGCAGUUCGAGUAAAUAAUCUCGAUGCUAAUAUUGGUAGAGAAAAUGCACAGAAGAUGUUAUCAUAUAUAAAAAAGUAUAUUGAUAAUUAUCAUUCAAAUUUAAGUCGACACAUUCGAUAUGAAAUGGAUCAUGGGGAUACUUAUGAAGAUACAUUAUUAAAUUAUAUUAUUGCUCAUUACGUACAUAAUUAUACAGAUGAACAGACAAAACAACAACUAACUGCUCAAACAAUACGUCGUGGUAGUAAUGAAGAUGGUUCUAUUCGAUAUACAUCAAUGCAUUUAAUUAUAUUCAAAGAUAUAAUUGAUAAAAAAUCUUUGCAUCCAUUAUUUCAUCUAUUAGAUGAAAAUGAAAAUAAUGAACCAACAUGUUUAUAUGAUUGUAUAAUUACAAUUGGUGGAUCAGUUGAAAAACGAUUUAAUAAAGUACGUUAUUUAGUUCGACAAACUUUUAUGAAUGAUUCACAAUUAAAUAAAGAACAAUAUCAUUUUCCUUUAUCAAUUCGAAUGUUAUCACGUGCUGGACAAACUCCUGUAUAUUAUCAUGAUAAAAAUGAAAUUACAGUUCAUCAAAUUUCAAACAAAGAGAUUACUAAUGUACAUCUAACUGAUAAAAAAUAUAGAGAUAUUAAAGAAGGUUUAUCAAUAUUAUUAGAAGAUAUUGGUGUAAGUGUAUUAAAACCAAUUUGGAAUCAUAUAUAUAAUUUAGGAUCACAUGAUAUAUCGUCAUGGAAAAAUAUUGUAUUAACUUUAAUUGAGUUAUGUUUAGAGAUUUGGCGAAAUCAUGCAAAAGAUAUUAAAACAUGUCAAUGUUUAACAGAAAAUAAAACGGCAAUUGAACAAAUAUGUGAACAUUAUCAAUUAUCAAAUGAUGCUGAAUGUUUAAUUCUUACUUGUAUUUUAAAAGAACUGGAGAUUAAAAAUCAUAUUCAUUUUGGUGAACGUAAUACAACAAAUCGUCGUCGUAAUAAUAGUAUAUGUACAAAUAGAGAAACAACGGAUACAAUUAUUCAUAAACUUGAUGAUGUACUAAGUCAAAUACUUAUUGAAUUUAUUCAAAAUCAAAUUUUGUAA